AUGACGAAAUUCGUAGGGCCAUUCUCUCCCUGCCCAAACACAAAGCUCCGGGUCCAGACAGAUUAUCCAAUUACUACUACCAUAAAUUAGAAACACUCCUAACACCACAUCUCACCAAAUUAUUUAACACCAUAAAAAUGUCAGGAACCCUUCCAACAGAAAUGCUGGAAGCACAUGUUGUCACACUGCCCAAACCAGGCAAGCCACCUACCCAAUGCGAAAACCUGCGCCCUAUAUCAUUGCUGAACGCAGACAUCAAGCUAUAUGCGAAACUAUGGGCACUACGACUGAAAACUCACCUUACAGAAUUAGUUUCCAUAAAACAAGCAGGAUAUGUCCCCGGGAGACAG